AUGGCGCUCCACGAGCAGCCGAUGGCGACGCCGGCUAGAUCGACUAGGCUUCAGCGACAAGCCCCUAUUGUCGUUCAGGAAACUGACCUCGACGGCGAAAUUGAGGAAUUCGAAGAUGCACAGGAACCAUCUAUGACACUAAAGAAGGCGCUAGCAGAUUGCGAACGAGCUUUAGAUAAAUUCUUCUCUAAUGACGUGAAAUCUGCUAUGGACAUCAUGAAUCCCUGGAGAAGCUUGUCGCUGUACCACAGUCAUGGGGCGGCAAUAUUUGAAUUCAUACCGGCGAUGCUCACAAUGGACCCACGCCAGGUUCAGUCAGCUCUAACCGCCACCCAGGAAACAUUUGAACUAUGUGACGGUCAACGAAGGGGUUACUCCAUCGUUCAAAGCCUUGGAUCCAUUCUGAAAAAGCCCAAUUAUGGAAUAUACUCGGAAGCAGAGGCGCAUGCUGAAUUAAUUCGCGCAGAAGCACUGCUGGUACAGGCCUGCCUCCUUAUAGUGGAUGGGGAUGAUAUUGGAGGCAUACUACGUGCUACGUUACGCAUAAAGAAUUCGCAUGAUUCUUAUAAGCAAUGCUUAAAAAUUUUGAACAAGAAAAGAACUUGGGACGAUGACAAGUCACGAGAACACUUCGAGAGCGGAGUUCGAAUGGGCGUCGCAACCUUUAACGUCAUGAUAUCCAUGUUGCCGCCCAAACUCAUCGCUUUACUCGAGUUCGUUGGCUUCUCAGGAGACAAGGAGCAUGGCCUUCGAGAAUUGCUGAUUGGAGCUAAUAACCCAGGCCUCCGCUCCGUGUUAUGCGUCCUGGCUCUACUAAUGCACAACCUAGUUAUUGGCCAGUUCGCUGCCAUCCCUCCAGACUACGACCUUGCCCGGAAACUUAUCGACGAGAACCUCGCGAAGUACCCGGACAGCGCGUGGUUCCUAAUGUUCAAAGCCCGCCUCGAGCUGUUAUUAGGUAAACCCGCGCAAGCUGUUGAAACAUACGAAAAAGCAGCUAAAGCCAAAGGACUAUGGCCCCAACUCAUACAUCUAGCAUAUUGGGAGAUUAUGUGGGCUCACGCUAUGAUGGGAGAGUGGGAGAAAUGUGCACUUUUUGCUACCCGUCUCCUCGAAGACAGUGUAUGGUCGCGCACAAUAUAUGCAUACGUGCUUCUCGCCGCUUCCCUUCAAAAGGAAACUCCACCUGACAAAGCUUGGAUUGAGCAGCUCGUACAAUCAGCAUCAAACUACAAGCAACGGAUCCUAGGCAGAUCGGUGCCAAUGGAGAAAUUCGCAUUACGCCGUUGUGAGAGAUUGCGCGCGCGAGGCUUACUAGUACUGCCUGGCAUCGAGUUGCUCUGCCUUUGGAAUAUGUUUCCCGCUAUUGCGAAAGACCAAAAGAUGGCCGACAAAUUCCUUAAGAUCAUCGAGGACGAAUACGACAUGAUAGACAAGAUAUUCCUUGACUACAUAAAGAAAGUAAAGGAGCGGAAAGCAAGCGCCAAGAAAACGGUGGAAGAGAAUGACGAGAAAUUGAAGUAUGACGCUGACGACUUCAACCUGUGUCGGUACUUGCGAGGAUCAAUGCUUCACGCUAUGGGCUUCCCGCGACUUGCCCUUGAGUACUUGGAGGCUGUUAUUGACGACAAGGAGAAAAUUAAGGAGAACACUCACCUUAUACCGUACUCGAUGGUAGAAAUGGCGUCUUGUCGCUACAGCCUUGGAGACCCCCACAUGGCUUUGCAGAUUCUAGCCGAGGCGAGGAAAAAAUCUGGGUACCCCCUCGAGUCGAGAUUGCAGUUCCGCAUCCACGCAAAAACGGAAAUGAUUCGGCAUAAGCUAGAGCCAAGACAAACAAACGCAGCCUCAAACGCAACAGCGCGAACAAAACUCGACACGCCCUAUACUUUGGGGACACAAGAAUAUCUUGUGAGGACCACUCCACCUCUGCCCGUCCCUAAGAAAGAGGAUGAAGAAGAUGAUAAGGGGAAGAAGAAAGAUAAGGGAAAGGGUAAAGACAAGGGGAAGGGUAAAGACAAGGAUAAGAAGGACAAGAAAGAAGACAAAAAGGAAUCGGUAAAAACUGUUAGGAAAGCUGACACCAUCGUGAAUAUCGGAGGUGAAGUUAGCGUCCUACCUCGCCCGGCUUCGCCGGUGGCUGGCACGUCCAAAAUGGAUACGAUGAUAACAACCGAGGGUGUGGUGGUAGUCCAGCCCCGAUCUGGAGACGUCCCUCUGAGCAUGGCACCUCCGAAGGGCGAUCGCAGCAAAUGA